AUGCCCGAGCAGAUCAGCGUGGCCGAGUUCCUGGCCGUGACCGGCGAGGACCUGAGCUCCCCGGCUGCCGCCGCCUUCGCCUCCAAGAUGCAGAAGUGCCGGGGGGCGGUGGGGGCUCUGGAGGAGAGCCUGGACGGGGACCAAGCCGUGCUCCAGAGAAUAAGGAAAUAUGUGAAAGCCAUUCACGUCUCCGGGCUCACCCACGUGGAUAACGAGGAGCAGUACAGCGAGGCCCUGGAGAACUUCGGCAACAACCACCUCUCCCAGAACAACCACGAGCUCUCCACCGGCUUCCUCAACCUGGCCGUCUUCACCCGCGAGGUCACCGCGCUCUUCAAGAACCUGGUGCAGAACCUGAACAACAUCGUCUCCUUCCCCCUGGACAGCCUGCUGAAGGGGCAGCUGAAGGACGGCCGCCUGGACUCCAAGAAGCAGAUCGAAAAGGCCUGGAAGGAUUACGAGACCAAAGUGGGGAAGAUGGAGAAGGAGAAGGAGCGCGCCCGCCUGGCGGGGGUCAUCCAGGCGGAACCGUCCGCGGCGGAGCUGGCCGAGGACAUGCAGAAGGAGCGGCGCCUCUUCCAGCUCCACAUGUGCGAGUACCUGCUGAAAGCCAGCGAGAGUCAGAUGAAGCAAGGGCCGGAUUUCCUGCAGAGCCUCAUCAAGUUUUUCCAUGCCCAGCACAAUUUCUUCCAAGACGGCUGGAAGGCUGCCCAGAACCUCUACCCCUUCAUCGAGAAGCUCGCCGUGUCCCUCCACGCGCUCCACCAGGCGCAGGAGGAGGAGGUGAAGCAGCUGACGCAGACCCGCGAUUCCCUCCGCAGCAUCCUGCAGCUGGACAGCAAGGAGGAAAACCUGAGCAGGAAGAACUCUGGCAGUGGCUACAGCAUCCACCAGCACCAAGGGAACAAGCAGUACGGGACGGAGAAGUCGGGAUUCCUGUACAAGAAGAGCGACGGGAUCCGCAAAGUAUGGCAGAAGAGGAAGUGCGGCGUGAAGUACGGCUGCCUGACCAUCUCCCACAGCACGAUAAACCGCCCCCCCGUCAAGCUGAACCUGCUGACGUGCCAAGUGCGGCCCCACGCCGAGGAGAAGAAGUGCUUCGACCUGGUGACGCACAACAGGACGUACCACUUCCAAGCCGAGGACGAGCAGGAGUGCGUCGUGUGGGUCUCGGUGCUGCAGAACAGCAAGGACGAAGCCCUGAGCAAUGCCUUCAAGGGCGAGCCCAACGGCGGGGCAGCCUCGGCGGGCGGCGCGGCGGACGGCGGCGUGCAGGAGCUCACCAAGCUGGUCAUCGGCGAGGUGAAGAACAUGCCGGGAAAUAAGCAGUGCUGCGACUGCGGGGCCCCCGACCCCACGUGGCUCUCCACCAACCUGGGCAUCCUGACGUGCAUCGAGUGCUCCGGCAUCCACCGGGAGCUGGGUGUGCAUUACUCCCGCAUCCAGUCCCUCACCCUGGACGUCCUCAGCACCUCCGAGCUGCUGCUGGCCGUCAGCGUCGGGAACACCCGCUUCAAUGAGAUCAUGGAGGCCACGCUGCCCACGCAGGACUGCCCUAAACCCUCGGCCGGCAGCGAUAUGAGCGCGCGCAAGGAGUACAUCGUGGCCAAGUACAUGGAGCGGCGCUACGUGCAGCGGGGCGGCCGCGACGAGCCCCACCGCCUCUGGGACGCCAUCCGCACCCGCGACCUGCUGGCGCUGCUGCAGGCCUUCGCCGAAGGGCACGAUUUGGCCAAGCCCCUGGCGAGCCCCGAGGGCCAGGACGCGGGCGAGCUGGCGCUGCACAUGGCCGUGCGCUACGCCGACAGGUCGUCCCUGCCGCUGGUGGACUUCAUCAUCCAGAACGGGGGGACGCUGGACCGGGUGACGCAGGACGGGAACACGGCUCUGCACUACGGCGCGCUCUACAACCAACCCAACUGCCUCAAGCUGCUCCUGAAAGGCAAAGCUGCCUUCACCACGGUGAACGCGGCCGGCGAGACGGCGCUGGACGUGGCGAGGAGGCUGAAGCACACCGAGUGCGAGGAGCUGCUGGAGCAGGCGCAGGCGGGGAAGCUCUCCCUGCAGGUACACGUGGACUACGACUGGGAGCCCCCCCAGGAGUACACCUACGACAGCGAGGACGAGCUGGAGGAGAAGGUGAGCCCCCUCCAGCGCUCCUUCAAGGGCUCCUCGCCGUUGGCCACCAGCCCCCCCGCCGCCUGCCCCCAGGGCCGCUGGAGCUGCAUGGGCAUGGACAUCACCAACAAGACCUACGAGACCAUCCUGGUGCCCUCGCGACCCGCGCCCCGCCGGGCGCACAGCGAGGAGAUGCCCCCGCCGCUGCCCCUCAAAAACCCCACGCGGGGCGGCCCCCGCCCCAAACCCGGCCCCAGCCCCACGGAGCGCCCCGAGCUCCACCGGCAGGCGUCGGAGCCGCACUUCUCGGGGCUGGCGGAGGCCCCCCCCGCGCCACGCAGCCUCUCCUCUUCCUCCUCCUCCUCCUCCUCCGUGGGGGCCCUGGACGGUGCGGCCGUGUCCCCCCCGGCCACCGGUACCCGCAGCCCCCCGGAGGCGCGGCGGGCGGCGUACUGGGAGACCCGCUCGGAAACAGAGAGCGGGGCCGUGCGGAGGGGGCCGGAGCUGAGUCCCCCCCCUGUGCAGCCCCCGCCGGGAGGCCUGGCCCCCGAUGUCACCCCCGUCAAGUUCAGCUCGGAGAGCACCCGCUCGUACCGGCGCAUCAGCGGCGUGGCCGGCAAAGCCGGCUCGGCCGCCCCCCCCCAGAGCCCCGAGGACCCCGCUCCGAGCAAGGUGCCCCCCGUGCCCAUGCCCCGGCGAUUCGCUCCGGCCAAGGGGAGGCAGAAGCGGGUGAAGGCGGUGGCUGACUGCAAGGGGGACAAGGCGCGGGAGCUGACCUUCUCCAAGGGCGAGGUGAUCGUGGUGACGCGGGAGGAGGACGAGCAGAGCUGGGUCGGCUUCAUCGAGGGCGACGGCUCCCGCACCGGAGUCUUCCCCGCCAGCUUCGUCCACCUCCUGCAAGACUGAUUGCCCCCCCCCCCCGCUGCCCG